AAAUCAUUUCAGGCAAUUCCAUUACUUUUGCGGAGGUAGACCGUGGAGAGACAGCUGUCAUUACAAGUUCUGGAAGGAGGAGGUGGACGUUACCUGUCUUCCGUGCCCGGAAAGAAAAGGAUCAUCUAUACUCGCGAUUUACUCCCCUCGGGCCUCCCUCGGUGCAGGAAUAUGAAUACUGCUUUCCUUUGGAAUCACUCUUCACUCCUACCAUCCAAAUCCUCGCCCCAGAGUUUGCCUCUUUCCAAUCCGAUUUCGUGUACUUCCUCUCCACUCUGCAGGUUCCCGUUGUCGUCGAGAGAUGCUCGCUAGUAGACCCUUCGUUGAUGCUUGUCGUUCGGAAUGCUGAAUUCCUCGUCAUCAGCACUGCCAUCCUCCUUGGGGAGGAAAAGGCCGCACUCCUCCACUACGGAAAUUCAGCAACAGCAGCAAAACGUUUCGCUACCGCAGUCCCAUCAGCGUGCCCCAAAUCUCUCAACCACUUAUUCCUCCUUUCGCAACGUCUCCGCUUGUAAUCGCUGCCGUCUUCGGAAAAAUCGCUGCGACCAGCGUCUUCCCCGAUGCCAAUCCUGUGAAAAGGCGGGCGUUCAUUGCGUGGGCUAUGAUCCAAUCACGAAGCGGGAGAUUCCGCGCAGUUACGUCUAUUUCCUUGAGGCGAGAGUUGCGUACUUGGAGAAACUGCUGGUAGACAAUGGGAUUGGAUUCAAAGAGGCCGUGGCCUUCGAUGAAGACGAGGCAGUUAAGGUGGAGACGGCGUCCGAUGGCGAUGCGCAGUCCCAAGCACAUCAGGCUGACGCAUCUGAAGUGGAUGUGACAACGGCCGACAGCGGUAAGAUGUUGAAGGUGAAACGGGACAAAGAUGGUUUCACGGAAGGGCCGCGCAGCGAUACGGGAUCCAGUGGACAGAAUGCAGAUCAGCACGAGAAGGAUGACAAUCAGAGGAUACAUAAUCUCGUCUCAAACAUUGGAAUGGUAUCGGUGCAGGGUACGUCAGACCCCCGAUAUCUCGGGUCCACGUCAGGGAUUUCUUUCUCACGUAUCGUCUUUGCCGCGGUCAAGAGCACCGUCUCCGGGAAUAGCACCGAGCGUGGUCCAAUCCGCCCCAAUGAACGUCUACCGAAUAGUGCAACGGGAAUGGCAGGGGGUAACAUGCGAGAUUCAUUCUUCGGGCUUCAGAAGAGACCGAUGAUGAAAUGUGCAUCGUUUCCCGAUCGAGAACUCGCCGACAAGUUGGUUGACCUCUACUUUGAACAUGCGAAUCCCCAAGUACCCAUCCUUCAUCGUGGGGAGUUUGUUGAAUUACUUGACAGUACAUAUGCGACGGAUGAGAAAGACCGAUCCCCGCGCUGCCUCUAUACGCUCAACAUUGUUUUCGCUAUCGGUGCGGGUAUAAUACUUGAAGAGAAGAAUCCAGCAUUGGAGGGCGAUAAACACGAUGGUGAUGCAUCCGUAUCAACAGGUGCGUCUAAGAGAGCGAGACUCUCCAGCCACCAGUAUCAACCGGAGGAGUACCAUGCAUCUGCGAUCGUUCACUUGGAGUCCUUUCUUAGCUCUUCGUCUGGAGACAGUUUUGGCGGCUUGGAGGAACUGCAGGCAGUACUUCUUCUAGCCAGUUUUGCUCUCCUUCGGCCCGUCGCACCGGGUCUCUGGUAUAUUGUUGGGGUUGCGAUGCGACUGGCUGUCGACCUGGGGCUUCAUUAUGAAGACGGGACAGGCAUAGACUACGUUGGAGAUGUGAGCCUUGAUCAUGCCACAGCUGUGAGCGAAGAAGAGAAGGGCAAGUUGCGCAUUGACAGCCGCGAACGAGGCCGGAGAGAGUGGGUGCGCGACCUUCGUCGGCGGCUAUGGUGGUGCGCUUACAGUCUCGAUCGUCUGGUGGCUACCUGCGUGGGCCGACCGUUUGGGAUAGCUGAUCAGGCAGUUACCACGGACUUCCCAUCCUUGCUGGAUGAUAAGUAUAUAACCAAGGCAGGAUUUAUCGCCGCCCCCGCGGGGUCACCAAGCUACAAAUAUGUUGCACACCACUACUUCAAGUUGCGAUUGCUCCAGUCGGAGAUCCAGGAUGUCCUCCUAAGCCAGCAGGCCCGCUUUGCGAGGAAAAGGGCAGGCAACACCGCGAGCGUCUACAUGAAUUCAGAUCUGCCCUCGCCCUUCCUUCAGGACUUCGACUCCUUCCGUUCGUGGAGGAAGGACAUCCAUCGUCGACUGGACGAGUGGAAACAUUCUUCACCCUCACGCCAUGACAUAGGCGUGCGGCUCCCCGUCGACUUCCUCGAACUGAAUUACUGGCAGACUCUCAUAAUGCUAUAUCGACAGUGUCUGACUGUUCCCCCGGAAUUGGCUAGCGAGCUCACACCCGCAGAGGAUGUUUCCAGUCCAUUUUCCAACAUGGAAGAUGCAGAUGAUGAAGAUGAGAUCUACAUUAACGUUGCCGAGGCGGGGCAAAAGGUUUUGAGGAUAUACCGUCAAAUGCACCAUCUCCGGUUGGUAAACUAUACCUACCUGGCUACGCACCAUCUGUUCAUGGCAGGAAUCUCAUUCUUGUAUGCAAUAUGGCAUUCGCCAGCGGUGCGGAGUCGCCUGACACUUGACGAUGUUGACUUUACGGUUCUUGCUGCCAUGUCUUUGCUAGGAGAUCUUAUGCAUAAAUGUCCGCCGGCAGAAGCCUGCCGAGAUGCUUUCGAACGGAUGAGUAAAGCUACUGUCCAAAUGUGCCUGUCUACAACUGGAUUUGGAAACCCAGUGGAAUCUUCCAGUGCGAUCACGUCGGCUCCCCGCCAGAUGAACCCCCCGUAUGCUGGUGGGUCAAGGUCUCAUGAUCGACAGCCAGAGCAACGGCAGCAACCAGGGCGUGCUUCCACGCGGCGCACGACCCAGUCUCGCCAGCCUCGCCCUCUCCCGAAGUUUGACAUGAACCUGGGAGACUUGUUCAACGACUCCAAUAGCCCACCCAAUGAAAAACGUCCCAACAGCGCGGGGGCGCAACCUUUACAACCUUCAUCCUACGUUCGACCGGAAUACGGGAACACCGAACGGUCUACCCUAGUUGUCCCACUGGACCAGACUUCCCGAACGUACCCUCAACGCGCACAAUCAGUGGAAUACUACUCGAACCCUGCCUCACCUCAAGCACAGCAAGCAUAUUACUAUGGAAACUCUCCGCAGAGCGCAUCCCCAGCGAGCAUAGCCGCUUCUGGUUAUGUAAACGGUCAGGCUCAGUUUCGAACGACAGACCAACAACUACAGCAAGAGAGUCAUGGCUCGAUGGCUUUGGAUUUUGCAAACUUCGAUUCUCGGCCUGUCGGACCAGACGGGAAUCCCGAUUAUGGAAAUUUCAUGUCAAAUUUCCCGCAAUCGGGGGCAGGGGCUGGGCAGGAAACGGGAAUUGACCUCGGGUUUGGACUCUCAGUGGACUUUCAACAUGACUGGAGUGAGGGAGCGAACUAUGAUCUCCUCGAAGGGUUUUUCUUUGGCGGGUCUGGAGGUGGUGGCCCGGGGUAUGGAGCUGGAGACGCGUAA